UUGCCACACUUCUGGAACUAUCGAUAGUAUCGCAUAAACAGAGUUUUGUUCCAACUCUAGGCGGAAGGCGCAGCGGUGAUAAAAGAGAAAAAGUGAUCUUUAAAUGCAAUUUUUCGGUUCCAAAUUGCAUUUGGUAUGUGCUACGCGAUAAGCACCGCAUCGCAAACCGUUUUUCGAAGUUCGCGAACGACCAAGAUCAGCGGAAAGACGAGAAAAUACGCUGCAAUGUAGAUGCCCACGAGCAGCCGCGGCAGCAGCAAUAACAAAAGCAAAAGUGAAAUUAGCGCCGCCAGGGAAGUGCAAGUGGUCAAACAAACGGCGGCGCCAUGGAGAACCUCAAGAUAAGCGACAAACUGUUCGAGGAUGUGAUAUACUUUGUGUUGGGAAAUCUGGAUGAGGAGAUCGAACGCUUUCUCAAGAGCGGUGGCGCUCAGUCGAAACUGUUCCUGUCGGACCAAAUCACCCACAUGAUAUGCGCCACCAACUACAACGAGGAGGAGCUGUCCAUGAACCUGGACCUCUACAGUGCAAUUCCCGUAACGGAGCAAUGGAUCGUGCACAGCGCCAAGCUAGGCCGAAUGGCCUCGACACGGGCGUUCGACCCGAGUCCGAAUCAAAUGCGGUUGAUGCGCGGCAUUCGGGUGGCCAUCACCAAUGUGGUGGCAGGGGAUCGAAGGCGUCUUUACGCCAUGCUGACGUACCACGGCGCCGUAGUCACGCACAGCUUUGGGGCCACCAACACGCAUCUGGUAUGCGGUGCAGCCAACGGCGGCAUCUACAACAAGGCACUGGCCCUGCCCAAGAAUGCCAUCAUUAUUGUGACGCCCGACUGGGUGACAGAUAGCCUUAAGUACAAAAACUGCAUGCCGGUGGAGACGUAUCAUCCGAGACUGCUGAAGCCCAUCGAAAAGCAGCGAACACAAAAGCAGCAGGCCACGCAGCAGCAACAAAUCCAGCAGCAGCAGCAAUUGCAGCACCAACAACAGAUGCAACAACAGCAGCAGCAACAACAACAGCAGCAGCAGCAGCAACAACAGCAGCAGCAACAACAACAACAGCAGAUCAUCCAACAACAGGCAACGGCUACUUCUGCCCUAUCUGACAUCCUUGGCUUUGGCGAGGACAGCGUGGCUGCCAAGAGCAUCGCUAGCAUUAAGUCCCAGCUGCAGGCUUCAGCCGAACAAAUACAGCAGCAACAGCUGCCCGUGCCCGCCCAGCAGCAGGUGGUCUUUGUGCGCCCACAGCCACAACCCCAACAGCCAGCACAACAAUCACCUCACCAGUUACAGCAAGGUGGUCCUCAAGCACCUACUCCUGCACCACACCCGCAGCAUCAACAACAAUUAAUAAUUCAGCAGCAGAAGAUUAUCCCCGCCAACCUGCAGCAGCAACCACAGAACCAGCAGCAGAUCAAAAAUAUCCUACAGCAGAGGCAAAUGAAAGCAACGCAGCAGUCUCAGCAACAGCAACAAAUCCAAAUGCAACUAAUGCAGCAGGAGCAACAGCCUCAUCCUCAACCACUUCCACAGCAGCUUGCGCAACAACAUCCGCAACAAAUCGCACAGCAACUUCCACAGCAACUUCCACAGCAACUUUCUCAACAACAUCCACAACAAAUUCCUCAGCAGCAACAGCAGUCGCCCAGACUGCCAACGACUCCAACAGGUCGACAGACACCACGAACACCAUCUACAACGCCACAGCCCGUGCAAUCCCCUCAGCACCACCAACAGAUAGUUCAACAGCAACAGGUGGUGCAGCAACAAGUGGGUCAGCAACAAACAAUGGUACAGCAGCAGCAGAUAGUUCAGCAACAGCAAAUUGUUCAGCAGCAAGUUGUUCAGCAACAGCAGCCACAACAACAAUCUGUGCCGGUUUCGCCGCAAAUCAUACACCAACAUCUAAUGAGGCAGCAACAAAUGUUGAACCAGAAUCAAAUGCAAUUUCAGCAAAUCGUGCAAAGUGGACAAGCAUUGACGCCACAACAGCAGCAGCAGCAGAGACAAAUUCAGCAGCAGCUGCAACAAAAUAUGCAGCAGCAGCAACAAUUACAGAUGCAAAUGCAGCAGCAGCAGCAGCAACAGAAUCUACAGCAACAACAGUCGCCACGGAUGGUGCAGAACCGUUCGCCGGUAAUGCCACCAAGUACGCCAUCCCCAUCGUUGCAGCAACAGCAUCAUCAUGCAACUAGCAAUAUGUUGCCGCCACAAUCGCCGCGACAACUGCAAUCCCCGGCUCCCCAAAUGACUCCGCCACCUCCUCCCUCGCCGCAAAACGCCCAGCAACAACACUUGCGCCAGCAGCAACAGCAAAUGCAACAGAGUCGACAACAGCACAUGAUGGGGUCGCCGCAACAACCUCAACCACCUUCUAUGAUGUCGCCGCAGCAGCAGCAACAAAUGCAGCCCUUUCAACAGCCCGUCCAUCAACAGCAGCGCAUGCAAUUGCAGCAGCAACAACAACUGGCCCAACAGCAACAACAACAGCAACAGCAGAGUCCCCAACAUAUUUCUCCGCAAUCGCCCCAGAUUUCUCAAACUCCACCCAUGCAUGCGAAACUGCAUCAGCAUCAGGUUGCUCCUGGACAAGCCACUCAGCCGCAGCAAUCAUUCUCCCAGCAGAAGCCUAUCGACCCAACGGACCCCGUUCAGGUGGCUCAAGUACUAAGUCGAUCUGCAUUGAGCAGCAAUCAGGACUCGUUGAUAAUGAGGCAGCAACAAUUGAAGCAGCAACAACAGAUGCAACAGCAACAACAAAUGGCACCGCAGCCCCAGCAGCAGCAAAUGGCACAGCAACCGCAACAGCAGCAGCAGCAACCACAACAGCAGCACACCCCUUCUCCGCGGCAAUCGCCACUGCAACAGCAACCUACUACCCCCACCUUGCAACAGCAGCCACCCCAACAGAACGCUCAACAAAUACAGCAGCAGCAACAACAACAACAGCAGCAGCAGCAACAACAACAGCAGGUCCUGACGCAGCAACAACCACAGCCUGGACAACAGCAACAAGUCAUCACUCAGCGCCAUGUUAUAAACACAUCCACGGCUCAAGGACAACAAAUCAUUCAAAGCCAUAUGUCUUUGGCCUUACAGAAGCAGCAGCAAAUGUUGCACGUUCAACAACAAGCACAACAGCAGCCGCAGCAGCAACAGCAGAUUUCUCAAGUGCAGCAACUGCCACCGGCACAGCAGCAGCAACAACAACAGCUUCCGCAACAGCACCAAGUUCAACAACAACAACCGCAACAAGUUCAGUUUACACAACAGCAGCAAAUAGCACUCGGAGCUGGUGGUCAAGUGCGGAUAAUUCAACAAACCAUACAACGUCCACCAACCAAUGUUCAGCAACAGCAGCAGGUUCCACAACAACAACAACAGCAGAUUAUUGGUCAAUUUCCUCAGCAACAGCAGCUGCAACAACAACCGCAGCAGCAAAUUUCUGGAGUUCAGCAGCCACAACAACAGCAGCAGCAACAAAAGACCUUUAUAAUUAGCCAGCAGCACUUUAAUCAGCUUAGCGUACAACAGCAACAGCAAAUCCUGGCGCAAAAUCCGCAGAGCCAAAACGUUUACGUGGUCAAUCAGACGCAACAGCAACUUGUGCAGCAACAACAAAUGUUGCAACAGCAGCAGAUUAUACCACAGCAGCAGCAGCAACAGAGGAUGCAAAUGCAGCAGCAGCCGCAACAGAUUGUUGUAAACCAGCAAAUACUCAGUGAUCCUCAGCGAUUGCAGUACCUACAACAACAGCAGUUAAUGCAAAAACAGCAACAGCAGCAGCAACAACAACAGCAGCAGCAGCAACAACAGCUAGUGGGACCACAACAACAGCAAAUCCUUAUACAACAGCAGCAAACACCCCAACAACAGCAGAUACUGCAGCAAAAACUCUCCAACGAUAAUCAGCAACAACAAAUAAUGCAGCUUAUCACGCAGCAACAACUGCCUCAACGCACGCCGCCUCCGCAGCAGCAGCAGCAACAACAGCUGUUGCUUCAGCAACAACAGCAAUCCCCACAACAUCAUCCGCAAAUGCAGCAGCAGCAUUGGUCACCGCAAAGUCCUGCUGGCGGUCAGCUUGCGCCCAGCACUCCAGGCACACCCACCAGUGUUGGGAUGCAAUCACCCCUGCCCGGUGGACCAACAACGCCGCAGCCGCAACCUCAGCAGCAAUUUGUUCCGCGUGGAUUGCGGCCGCAAACCUCUUGGCCCGGCCAGCCUCAACAGCAACAGCCUCAACCCACUCAACAACAGCAACAGAUCGUGCUGCCGCCACCGCAACAACAACAGCCGCAGCAGCAGCAACAGCAUAUUGGUCAGCAACAACAGUUGGUAAUGCAACAGCCACAGCAACAAAAAAUCGUGGUGGACGAAAAAACGCACGCACACCUCAUGUCAUUGGAUGCUCACAAAAGAGCCGAAUAUAUCACUAAGUUGAAUCAGCAGAACAAACCUCGAGUAAUGCUUCGCCAGCAGGUUGCCUAUCAGCCGCGACCUGGAGCACCGGGCAGCAUAGUAGCGACGCGACCGGCAGGCCCGGUUCCGCCCGGUCACAUUAUUGUGCAACACCAAAUGCCACCAGGACUAACACAACAGCAACAAGUGCUCUGGCUGCAACAGCAGCAGGGAAAACGACAGGUCGUUGUACGCGCCGGAACUCCUGGCUUGAGUCCGAUUCAACAGCAGCCAGGAGCAGGACCACCGCAACAGCAGCAGUCGCCUCAACAGCAGCCCUUCAACCCCAAUGAUCCCAACCAGCAAAUGCUGAUGCAGCGCCAGCAGCUGCGAGUCCAGCAGAUUCCCAUUCAGCAACAGGGACCUCAGCAGCUGGGCAAGCAAACAGUGCAGCUUAUCACCGGACCCAAUGGCCAGCUGAUUGAACAACAGACCAUCGUGCAACAACCGCAGCAGCAGUCCGCACCGGGCACACCUACCACUCCAGGAGCAGGAGGUGUUCUUCCCGGAAAUGCCAACAUAAUGACGCAAACUUUGGUCAUGACUUCAACGACUCCCGAUGGACAGCCGCAACAAUCACCGCAGCAAAUGAACCUCAAAACAAAGACAGCCCUGGCCAACAUGUUGAGCAAUCGCUUAGGAAACAAUGGAGCCCAAACACCGCAACAGCAAAUAAUUCAACUUCCCGAUGGACAGCAGCCACAACAACAGCAGAUUGUACAACAGGUGGUGGUGACCGGAGCCAUUCAGCAGCAGCAGCAACAAUUACUAUUACAACAACAGCAGCAGCAGCAACAACAACAAAUGGUUGUCCAACAGCAAUUACCACAGCAGCAACACGUCGAGCCACCGUCGGCAGCUGGUGCUCUUAGAAUGAUGGGCCAGCAACAUAACGCAACCGCCGGAGUUCCUGGACCUCCGCGAACUCAGCAGGAGUUGCUCAUGCUGCAGCAGCAGCAGCAACAACAACUGCUGCAACAGCAGCAAAUGCGCAGAGUUGUCACCCUACCACAACAACAGCAGGCACCGCAGCAACAUCUAGUCCAACAGCAGAUCGUAGUCGCUCCGACGCAGUCCCCCCAGCAGCAGCAACAGAUGGCUGUUGGAGUGGGCGUGGGUGUGCCAGUGCAGCGGACUCCUCACGGCUACAUUCAAACUCGUCCCGGUCAGCAACCGAUCCCGAUGCCGCAGUUCUACGGGCACAAUCCGAACCUAAAGUUGCCAGCCGAUCUCUUUCUGGUGGGCUGUACGUUCUACAUUGUGGAAUACGAUGAAACAGACGGUGAUGAACUGCCCAUUUGGCUAGAUACGAUCAGGCAGUUUGGCGGUGACAUCGAACGCGUUUACUGCCCCCGGGUAACCCAUGUUAUUUGUCGCACUCAGCGUCAUGGCGUGGUGAUGCAGGCGUUGCGAGAUGCCAAGCGCUGCGUCACUGCCUACUGGCUGAGUGAUAUUUGCUUAAAGCGCCAACUGAUGCCACCGUGGCAGCCGUUGCACCUGCCGUUCCCCAGCCAGUUUGGCUAUCGCAAGCCGCUAGAACGCUACAUCAUAACUUCGGAGGGAUUUGAAGGCGAGGAGGUUGUGAGACUACAGCAGAUGGCAGAGGAGUGCGGUGCCAUCUACACCUCCUAUCUCUCGAAGGUGAACACAGUGGUCGUGUGCAAGCAACUCGAGGGCAACAAGUUUAAUGCCGCCAAGGAGUGGAACAUACCGAUGGUCAAUGCGCUUUGGUUAAGCGACGUGUGCAUCGGUAACCUUAGUGGCCUCUCCCAGUAUGAGAAUCCCAAGUACCAGCAGUACAACUUGGUUGCUCCCUUCCGCAUCGAAUGCAAUCUGGUUGCUCAUCUACUAACUGCUUGGAAGGCGCCCAUCAAUCUAACCCAGGAGGCACACGAACGGGUCAAGCGACACUUAUCCGAUCCCUACGGCAACGAGCAAAAACUGAAGCGCCAGAAGAUGAACGCAUUCCAGCAGGAGCAGCUGCCAGAGCAAAUUGUCUGCGUAGAAUAUCCAACUACCACCAAACCACCGAAGGUCAUAUUUUCACAGGUCGCAGAUGCCGAGGCACUUAAAAAAGCUGUGUUAAUUUUGGGUGGAAUUGUGGUGGACAGCCCUGCAGAUGCCACUCACCUGGUAAUGACACGCGAGAGUCGUACCUGCAAGCUAAUCCAAGCCUGCUGUCACGUCGAUUAUGUGCUAAAGUCGAGCUGGAUCGCUGAUAGUGCCAAAGCUGGUAAAUUUGUGCCUACAGAUCCAUACCGCAUUCAGCACAUACCGGUGGACGAGAACCUGCAGUUCAAUCUGAAUACCGUGCUGUGCGCCCCCACUCGCUCAACGCUGUUUGCCGGCAAAUACUUCCAUGUGACGCCGGACGUGUUCCCAGCUCGCGAGGAAAUCAUACGAAUGAUUGAAUCGUCUGGUGGUAAAGUGGAGCCGAAGCGAAGAAGCGGUGCAUCUGUGGCGGAAACACACAUGCAAGCGCCCGAUUCCUACAUCAUAGUAACCUGUCCCACGGACAUGCAUCUCUGUGCGGAUCUCACGCGGCACGGAAAUCCCAAGUGUCAUAUCGUUUCCACGGAGUUCGUCAUGAGCUCGAUACUCAGGCAGCAGCUGGAGAUUGAGCCCAAUCUUAUACCCUACUUGUACAACAAUAACAAUGUCAAUAGCUGCAAUAGUAAUAAGUCCUAGCGCCGAGUGUUUUGGUUGCUGUAGAGCUGAGAUAAGGUCUCAGACUCGCUGUAUAGUCACAAUAGAAUUUAUGCGAGCUGUUAUCAAGUACGUAUGGGUAUGACAUUGCCACUUCGCAAUGUCAUUGGCCAUUGAUGUUGUAGGCCGCGCCAAUUUCUUAUGAUAUACCAACGCGAAACUAGUCCAUGGAGUUCGUCAAUUCAAUCGGGCAUGCCAGAACGAAUGAGUUUAUAGGGUCUCGGGCACAUCGGCAUAUCGGUCACAGCUAGACAAAUUUAUUGCAUCCCCUUAUUUUAAAAUAGUUAAUUUUUUAAAUUUUUUCCAUGCGCCAGCUCAUAUUAAAUUGUAUAUAUUCUGGGGAAUCGAAAUCUUUUCGUUCUCGAUCUUUUUAUAAUCCACAAGUAGAAUCUAUAAUUAUAUCUAGAGCGAUCCAUAUUUUUGAUAUGUUAAUGCUGAUUGGUAUUAAUGAGGAUCGCUUCAAUCAUUAGGUUUAUAUAAUUGUACAAAUAAAUCAAUUAAUUGUGCAAAGCUUGAACAGAAUCGUUAAUUGUUCAUAUUUAAUAUACAGCUCGACCGAUAUGUAUAGAAAUAUAUAAUCUAGCGUGUAACAAAGAACUACCUUAAUUAGUGUUACGAUUACCAGUUCAAACAAUCAUUUUACAUAUUUUUGUAGGUUCAGGAACCUUUACCUUUAGGAAGUCACGCAAAUAUACACAUAUAUUUCCUAAAGUAUACGAAAUGUUUCACAGAAAUUUAUAUUGUCGGCUAUUAGGAUGCUAAGUACUUUUCACUAGGUAAAGCCAAUAUUUUGCGAUGUAAUAUUAAUUAUAGGUAGGCAUUGUACGAAUUGUAUGAAAAAUAAAAAUAAUGUUAACUCAAAA